CCUGUCCUUGUUUCUCCACAGCGGAGAUGGAAGGAUGGUAAGCAGCCAGCCGAAGUACGAACUAAUCCAGGAGGUGGGGCGUGGCAGUUACGGCGUGGUCUAUGAAGCAGUGGUGAAACGCACGGGGGCCCGGGUGGCCGUGAAGAAGAUCCGCUGCCACUCUCCGGAGAAUGUGGAACUGGCCCUGAGGGAGUUCUGGGCGCUGAGCAGCAUUCAGAGCCAGCACCCAAACGUCAUCCACCUGGAGGAGUGCAUCCUGCAGCGGGACCAGCUGGCCCAGAGGAUGAACCAUGGCUCCAGUUCUCCACUAUACCUAGAGCUGGUGGAGACGUCUCUGAAGGGCGAAAUCACCUUCGACCCCUGCUGUGCCUACUACCUGUGGUUCGUCAUGGACUUCUGCGACGGGGGCGACAUGAACGCCUACCUGCUGUCGCGCAAGCCCAGCCGCAAGACCAACACCAGCUUCAUGCUGCAGCUGGGCAGCGCCUUGGCCUUCCUGCACCGCAACCAGAUCAUACACCGCGACCUCAAACCAGACAACAUCCUCAUCUCCCAGGCGUGCACCCCCACCGGCUCCUCCGAGCCCACCCUCAAAGUGGCAGACUUUGGCCUCAGCAAGGUCUGCUCCGCCUCAGGGCUCAAUCCUGAGGAGCCAGCCAGCGUCAACAAAUGCUUCCUGUCCACGGCCUGCGGCACGGACUUCUACAUGGCCCCGGAGGUGUGGGAGGGCCACUACACCGCCAAGGCAGACAUCUUCGCUCUGGGGGUGAUCUUCUGGGCCAUGGUGGAACGCAUCACCUUCGUGGAUGUGGAAACCCAGAAGGAGUUGCUGGGGAGCUACGUGCAGCAGGGCUCAGAGAUCGUACCGCUGGGGGAGGCCCUGCUGGAGAACCCAAAGAUGGAGCUGCUGAUCCCGGCCAGGAAAAAAAGCAUGAACAGCCACAUGAAGCAGCUGAUCCGGGAGAUGCUGUCGGCCAACCCGCAGGAGCGGCCCGACGCCUUCGAACUGGAGCUCAGACUGGUGCGGAUCGCGUGCCGGGAGCUGGACUGGGACACGUGAUAGUCGGCCGCUCGGCACCAUGAACUCAGCACAUGUACACACCUCUCCGUUUGCUGUUAACCCCUGUUACUUUACCUGAAAGUAAAUUACUGUUUGUAACUAUGGAAUAAUGAGAAUAUACAUGAGUUGCAUCUUGGUUAGAAGUCCAAUCAGCGUCCAAGCACAUACAGUCUUCUACUAGCUGUGUCUUUAUAUUGAAAGAGAGAGGUGCGACACCCACAGCUGCUGCUGCUGCUCCAAACCGCAGCUUCGUCUCAGGCCGUUCAGAGCGUCCCAGCCUCCGCUUCCUCACGCACAUCACUCCUACACAAUCAGCCCCAACAGCAGAAGAGCUAGGCCGGCUGUUAGUGUCCCCAGCUUGUCUCCAAAUACCAUCAUGAAGCCGGUGCUGAUUACUACUAAAUGCAAUAUGAGACAGUGUCCUGUGAUUUUUACUGUGCAUUCAGCCAAAGGGCCCCGUGUCAAAGCCCCCGGCACCUCAGCGCUCGCGUUGUCGUAGGCUUCAGCUCAUUUCAGCCUGGUCUUCACCACCAGCAGGAGUUAAACACACUAUGUCAAGGUUUGAGUCGGUUACGGCACCAGAUUCAGUUCUGCUUUGAAAGCUCAGGUACUAAAAACACACAGCAUGAUGGUAUUUGUGGACAGCUGUCGUGUUGGGAUCAGUUUGUUCUGUGGUCGUUAGAACAGGAGGAAAACCAGACUUUGGUGCUUGAACAUGGCGUGUUCUCCUGUCAGCUUGCUUGGCUUGCUUGAGUGGUACCCGGCCACAGAGAUGGCGGGGAUGUUCGUUUCUUUGCUUCUAAACUGCAGACUUGAAGAGAAGUUGACUGGCUCCAGAAGCAGCCUAAGCAGUUGACCAGAAUGUACAAUGCUGAAGAACAGAUCCUCUAAUUUCCACCCAGCCUUAAACGCAUCACACCGCCAGUCAUUGAGGCAAAGCUUAGACCAGAUCCUCCAGCUGCACGGCUCCAAUGUAGCCGCAACGUUGUGCUCACCAAAGCUUUUUGAAGAUUGAAUUUAUUCUUUUAAACUCGCAGGCUUUCCACGUAGCCACCUUUCACUGGUACCUAAACCUUUUCACUCUGCUGAUUUAAAAACAAGCCAAUGGGUCACUAGGGCCCUGUGCCAUUCUUCCAUUGCUUUGGUGUGGAGUGCUUUGUCACUUUGAUCACCUGUUACUAAAAUAUUGUGUCCGGGACGGUUUAUUAUGACAAUCCUUUCCUGUAACACCUUUAUCAGAGGUUUUAGAAACGUUUUGUGUUUCUACAGAGUUUUGUCUCUUAAUCAGAUUCAUUGUAUGAACAGCAAACUUUCCAGAAGCAGCAGCUACAUCUGUUGCUCACCUGAAGUCUAUUAAUCUGCACUUAAAUCUCUUUUGUGUAGACAUACUCAUUAUUCACAUGUAAUGGUGUGUUCACGUCCCGUCUUGUCGUCUUCCACUUACCCGGGGCCGGGUCGUGGUCUCAGCAGAGACGCCCAGACGCCUCCUCCAGCUCCUCUGGAGGGGAGCGUGUCCUGAACUGCUCCCCUGGGCCUCCUCCCAGAGGGACUUGCCAGGAGAGGAGUCACCUCGGCUGACUCCUCUCCUGGUGGAGGAGCAGCAGCUCUACUCUGAGCUUCCAGAUAGCUGAGCUCCUCCCCCCCCUAAGUCUAAGGCUCAUUUCAGACCCCCGUCUCCCAGAUGUUGUUCUCUCAGUCAUCACUCUAAUUCCCUGCCAUAAGUAAGGAUAGAACGUAGACUGAUGGGUUAAUGCAGAGCAGAGCCUUUUGGCUCCUCUCUCUCUUCACUACAAUGCUUCAGUCUGUCCUGCUCCAAUCUCCUUUCGCUCGUAAACAAAACCUCCAAAUACUUAAGCUCCUCCACUUGAGCCAUUGUUCUUGCUUCAUGAUUUGGAAUGACCAGUCUGUUCUACUAGCAAUUAGCAUGGUUAGCAUUAGGAAGUGUAAACAGUGUCUGCGUGUAUUCCUGUGAGCUAUGCAGAGUGGACCUCUCAGAUUUCCAAGAGUCUAACAUUUGUGAACGCAUCUUGGUCCGUACCAGACAGAGGCUGGAUUAAAACGAGCUUUCUGCUCCCUGCAGAGCUCAGUUUAACCAGUCCCAAAGUCGGUGUGAACAACUGCUGCUUUUAGCACCUGAACAGGUUGGAUGAUCAAAAAGCAAAGGUCUUUGUGCUGCCUCUGACCAGAUUUUAAAACACUAAGCUGAAGCUAGCCAGAUUCAUGGGAACGUCUGCCCCCUAAGAGCGCUGCUGUUUCCCCGGCCUGGAUGGUGAGUUCACUGAUCAGGGACAGAAACGUGGCUUUUUAAAAUGCAGCUAAAAAUGAGUCACCAGGCAAGUUGUUGCUGCAUCUCUAGAACUGCUCCUGGUAAAGUGGUUAAAGCUGCUGGUUGUUUCAGACCCCUGUUAGAAUCCAGGUCGCUUUGGUGAGCAUAACGUUACAGCCAGUAUGGAGUCAAUAGACCAGAAUGAUCCAUGAAGGUAAGUGAAUCUCCUGGCAGUAACGCUGUCCCAGUGUUUCUUCAGAACCUGCUUAAUAAUGUGAACUUAGAAGCUGCUUGUAUGUCAUGGCAGCGACAUGAAUAAUCCCGUCUGAGCCUCUUCAUACCUGAAUGUGUACAACACAGGAGGAUGCAGUGAAAGCACUUUUAUUUAGCCGUUUGUAUUUAUUCCUGUAGCUGCUGCGUGAUGUGGCCCUCUCCUCGGCAGGCUCGGCUGUGAUGACAGCGUUUGUGUUGCUGCUGCUCUUACUAAUUUAUGCAGCGGCGCUCACCUUGAGGAGGGGAGAGCGUGUCUGCCCCACAGCCUCCCUGAGCCUGAGGGUCUCUGCUCCUUUCCCACUCGGACGCGUAAAGCUGCUGUUUGACGUGAUCUCGUCUCCCUGUCACCGCGCUGCAUCUCCUCUGGCUCUCAAUCUUACAGUAAUCUAUUUUGUCAUGCUUCUUACCAGCUAAUCCAAAGCCCAUUAAGUUGUUGCAGAACUCGGCAGAGGAUCGUGCUUGAGACUCCCUUUUUUGUUCCGUUCGGGUAAAACGCAACGUGUACUUUUACAUAUUUCUACAGGAAGCUCUUCCUACUCCAGUAGAAAAAUGAAUUUCCCUCAAUUUAUCUCCAAGUUAGCAGUUUCCUUCUGCCCUCACUCUGUUAUUGUAGUUUUGGCUCAUCUGUUCCAUUGCCAUCUUCAUGAAGGACACCUCCUGGUGUUUGGGACAAUAUACGCUUUAUUGUGGCUUUCAGCACAGGAGCAGUAAAGAUUAAAAUCAAAGUAGGUCACACAUCAGCCUCUGAGCUGCACACAGCAGAGGAUGAUGGGUAGUGAUUUUCGACUAGAUAUCUGCUCAUACUCAUCUAGAGAAGAAGGCGAUGAGGAAGAUGUGGCAUCCUGGUCUGAGUUAUUAAACCCCCCCCCCCCCCCUCCCCAAUUUGCUGUAUUAAGUUGUUUUGCACAUUUGUAAAUACUGUAUAGGAUCAAUGGGACUGACGAGGCUGUAUAUAUGGGGUGAUGAGCUCUGUUUUUGAGAGCCUGAUUGUUGGAUGUGUAACUUGUUACGAUGGCUUCAGUUUUCUUUGAGCUGGCAUCAGAUUCCUGAUGUGAUGAAUUGCAGGAUGAUGAAAAUUGUAUGUCUGUCAUUGGCCUGUUUGUGGUUUUGUGUAAGAAACAACAAAUGUACAACAUGGAUGAAGUCUUUUGUCCUCUCUGUGAUCAGGGCAUUCUUGAAAUAAAAGUUGGAUUAAAAGAUAAA